AUGGCGGCGCCUGUAAGAACAACCACAGGCGCUGUUGUCGUUGCGGUAGCUAUCUCCGUUUCCAUGGCUGUCUUCUCUUACUUCCUCUUCUCCAAAAAAACCAAUUCGACCCUUCACUCCGACAAGAAGAAAAAGCAAAGAAGUGGGGUUGUUGAUGCCAUUGGUAACACCCCUUUGAUUCGUAUCAACUGCCUGUCUGAAGCCACUGGCUGUGAGAUUCUUGGCAAGUGUGAGUUUCUGAAUCCUGGAGGAAGUGUGAAAGAUAGAGUUGCUGUGAAAAUCAUUGAGGAGGCUCUGGAAUCAGGUGAGCUAGCUCCAGGUGGAGUAGUCACUGAAGGAAGUGCUGGGAGUACUGCAAUUAGCCUUGCCACAGUGGCUCCUGCCUAUGGAUGCAAAUGUCAUGUAGUCAUCCCUGAUGAUGUUGCUAUUGAGAAGUCUCAAAUACUUGAAGCACUGGGAGCUACUGUCGAAAGGGUAAGACCAGUAUCGAUUACACACAAAGACCAUUAUGUUAAUGUUGCUAGGAGGAGGGCGCUAGAAGCAAAUGAAUUAGCAGCACAGAAUAAAAAGGCCAGCCAAGUGGAUGGCAAAGACCAGGAUCAAAUAAAUGGUUGCAGACCUGACCAGGAGAAAGAAAAUCCAGGUUUCUUGAGUCAUUGUAAUGGUGGAUUCUUUGCUGAUCAAUUUGAAAACUUGGCGAACUUCAGGGCCCACUAUGAGGGUACAGGGCCAGAGAUUUGGGAGCAGACUGGUGGCAGUCUAGAUGCAUUUGUUGCAGCUGCAGGCACUGGUGGCACUGUGGCUGGAGUUUCGAAGUUUCUCCAGGAGAAGAAUCAGAACAUCAAGUGCUUCUUGAUAGAUCCUCCUGGUUCUGGUUUGUUCAAUAAGGUAACAAGGGGAGUCAUGUACACUAAAGAGGAAGCUGAAGGACGAAGGCUUAAGAAUCCAUUUGACACCAUAACAGAAGGGAUUGGAAUCAACAGAUUGACUCAAAAUUUUAUGAUGGCAAAGCUCGAUGGGGCUUUCCGAGGCACAGAUAAGGAGGCUGUUGAAAUGUCAAGGUUCCUUUUGAGGAAUGACGGGCUCUUUCUUGGGAGUUCUUCAGCCAUGAACUGUGUUGGAGCUGUUAGAGUGGCAAAGGCUCUCGGCCCUGGCCACACCAUUGUAACCAUUCUAUGUGACAGUGGGAUGAGGCAUCUAAGCAAAUUUUAUGAUGCCAAGUAUCUGUCACAGUAUGGAUUGACACCUACUGCAACUGGAUUAGAGUUCAUGAGCAUCAAAUGAACCCUGCUCAGAUGUUGGCUUAGGUUCUUUCAAGCUUUCCCUGUCAGUUCAGGAGGCAUAUCUAGGCCAUGCUUGUUGAUGAAAGUUUCAGAAGUCACUCAGCCAAAGUAACCUUCAUUUUUUGGAAAUGACCUUGUGUAAGGAUUGAAGCUUAGGGAUUUUAGUUUUAACACUUAGUGCUUAGGUUGAUAACCAUUCUUUAUCCCCAAAGAGGAAUUCAUUAGUUCCAUGGAAACUGCUUUGACAAACAAUUUUGAAACCCUUAACUUAUAAUGAAUAGUUACACCUAUA